GUAUAUAGCUCUACUAAGUUUAAACUACUCUUUUAGUCAAUUGCCGAAGUUCAGUUUGUCGCAUUAAGGAGCUGAUACAGUUCACUUGUGAUUGUCGUGUGAGUGUGUGUUUUUUUACAUUUCUUCGCGCGUUCAGUGCCGUGCGACAUCUUCCGUCGAUUCGCGCUAACAUAGUUCGGAUCGUCGAAUAUAAAUCCGUGGUGUGGACGAAUUUUCACUCACGAGUUAACUUAGCAAAAAACCAAAGGAUGUAUGCGAUCCGGGAUCAGAAAGAUUUUAAACUGCCCGCGGAUACCGCGAUCUCCAUUAGCGACCCUAAUGAGACGAUCAGUGAUGUCAUGCCGCCUCGUCCUUGCGAUUUGUCGAUGAUUAAGUGGAUAUUGAUCGUAACCCUUGGGUGCUGCGCACUAAUUUACACCGCCAGCUCAUCACCUAUCUCUACCGAAGAACCAUCUAGAUUGGUAAGUUCAUCCGAAGUAACAGACAAGGUAGCUCCAACCCCAAUAGACAGCGGCAGACAAUCAGCAGAAUCGUCAGGCUCAGCAGCUUCACCAGCUCCAGUAUCUGAAGUACCACAGCCAGUUGUCGCAGCCGCCGCCCCAUCAGCCCCAGCGGCGUCCACGGACGACGAUGACGAUGACGACGACGAUGAUGAUGAUGAUGUCUUAGACUUAGAUAUCACCGGCGACGACGAUGACGAUGACGAUGAUGAUGACGAUGAUGACGAUGACGAUGACGAAGAAGACGACGAAGAACAAGCUGAUGUUGUGCCACAACCAGCCAGUGCCAACGGUAAUGUUGCUUCUUCCGUAAACGGUGGCAACGCUGGUGGAUCACCUACAGCUACACAAGCCUCAUCGACCAGCGAUGAUGAUGAUGAUGAUGAUGACGAUGAAGACGAUGACUACUUCGACAGAUUCUUCGAUGACAUCCUCGGAGAUAGUGAUGAUGAUGAUGAUGAUGAUGAUGAAACACCGGGAACGGUCUCUUCCGUGGUGCCGAUAUCUGGAUCGGUGUCCAGCACGAUCACGCCUUUAGGACAAUCGGCAAGCGAAUCGGUGGACUACCCUUCAGGAACUGCCGGUGAGCAACCGACAAACGCCGACUACGAUGGAGCCGUCGAGGAAGGGGACUCGUCGUCAUCGUCGUUUUCUGACAUAGAUGGUCCGCAUACUGUCACCUUAUUGUCUCCAUUGCCAAAUGAUGACGAAUUAGCUGGUAACGGCAAUGCGGUAUCAGUCCAAGUCGUUGACUCGAACAGCAUAGCUUCCGCAGUUGCCGGCCAAGCCUCUUCCCAGACCGAAACGAGUGAUGAUGAUGAGGACGAUGAUGAUGAUGAUUCGGCAAACGAAGAUGACGACGACGAUGACGAUGACGAUGAUGACGACGAUGACGAAGAUGAUGACGACGAUGACGAGUCCUCAGAUUCGGAAGCCAAGAGUGCUGGACGAGCUCGUGCCAUUCAGACUAACAAUCCUGUGACAGUACCACCGUCAUAUAUAGCUAAAUAUAACAGAUUUGUAGACAACAUAUUGAACAGAAUUAAUAAGAUUUUAAGUAAAAACUACGAUCCGGUUAACGUACGUCUUCAAACCCCCACUGAAACUACUGCUGAUAACAAAAAAAAAGGCACAACACAAAAGCCCAAGAAUAAAGCUGAAUCAAGAGACGAUACUAACGAACAAAUAUUGACAAAAAAUGAAACUUCUUCCGCACCACCAGUUGUAACAGACGUUUCGGCACAAAAACCUACCACCAAUGGCACUGCCAGAGCUCAACGAAAACAUCACAAAACUUAUCACCAUCAUCAUCACCAUCAUCCUCAUCACUCACAGCACCAUCAUCAGCACCACCAAGCACGCAAAUCAAAAGCCCAAAACAAUAAGCCAAAAGCUGGAAAUAAAAAUAAAGUAACAAAAAAUUCUCCUCCAAGGGCCAGAGCUACGAUGUAUGGAUUAAGCACUUUACGACGAGAUGGUGACGUUAGCGUGAACGUGAUGAGCAGUCACACCACUGUCAAGACGAAGUUUUUGGUCGGUCCAUUAACUUUAAAAGUAGAAAAAGAAUUCGGCCGUGGAGCCAAGAAAGAGAUUAGAUCAGCAACAGCUACUACCGGUGAAUUAAUCGGCCGAUUAAAUUUGCGAGUGUUGAAUGGCGGAGCGGCUACGUUACAUUCAAUUCGCGUUCAUCAACCUAAACAAUUGAAGGUGGAAAGUGCUGACGAUCACGACAAGACUAAAGAGUUCGUAUGGAGGAGAUCCAAUAUGAUUGCACAUUUAGUAUCACAAAAGUUGACAUUCGCUACGAAAUCUAUGUUACAACCCACCCCAGAAAAAACUGACACCAAAGUGUAAUUUUAAUAAUCGCAGUUCAUCUGUACAUAUAAUGGCUGAUUAAAUUAUAAGAUUUUUUCACUAUUUAUUUAUUUAUUUAUUUUAUACCUAUUUAAUUAUUUAAAAUAUAUCAAUUCCAUGACAUCAUGAAUGUAAAAAUAAACAAUUUUUCGGAUA